AUGUUCACAGGCAUCGUCGAAGACAUUGGAGUCGUUUCCGAACUCAACCCCAACGAUGAGACCGGCGGCACCUCCCUCACAAUCACUCUGCCCGAGUCCUCCACGCUCCUCUCGGACUGCCACCUCGGCGACUCCAUCGCCAUCAACGGCGUCUGCCUCACCGUCACCCACUUCGAGACCUCCCCGCCGUCCUUCCGCGUAGGCGUCGCCCCGGAGACCCUUCGCAUCACCAAUCUGGGCUCCCUGUCCCAGGGCUCCCGCGUUAACCUCGAGCGCGCCGUCCGUGCCGACACCCGCAUGGGCGGGCACUUUGUCCAGGGCCACGUCGACACCACCGCCGCCAUCCUCGCCGUCACGCCCGACGGCAACGCGCUGACCUUCCGCUUCGCGCCGCGCGACAAAGCCGUUUUACGCUACGUCGUCUACAAGGGCUACGUCGCCCUUGACGGCACCAGUCUCACCGUCACCCAGGUCAACGACGACGAGGGCUGGUGGGAGGUCAUGCUCAUCAGCUACACCCAGGAGAAGGUGGUCGUCGCGGGGAAGAAGCCCGGCGACACGGUCAAUGUCGAGGUCGACAUGAUGGCCAAGUACGCCGAGAAGAGCCUGACGAGCUAUCUCGGCGGCGCGGGCAGUGCUCCGCUGGAGAAAAUGGUGGAGCGCAUCGUCGCUCAGGGGUUGGCCGGAAAGUCUUCGUAG